AUGAAGGCCACGCUCGCCAUCAGCAUUGCCGCCCUGGCCGUCGGCGUCUAUGCAGAGAACUGCAAGACCGGGCUCAACUACUGCGGCUAUAACCUGCGCAACAGAGGCGGCUACUUUGACAUCCUAGACCAGGUCAACUUCAUGCUCGGACGCGGCAAGGAGUACGCCCCCAAGUUCGAGCACGCGCUAUUCUACUGCGCCGGCGGCCGGAGCGGCGUCAUCGAGCAUCGCAAGGACUGCGCCAACGGGUGCGCCGACGGCGGCAGCGGCAGGAGCGACUUUUGCGUGCCGUCUUGAUCUGGUGUCGACGUCUAGCUACUAGACAUCUUGUGUUGAUUCGUUGUUCCCGU